UUGGCGGGAAGGCUGCGGUUCGGAUCCUGUCAGAGGGCGGAAUGGGCUUCCUGAGGCAGCUCGAACUGCAAGACUUCAAGUCAUGGCGGGGCCGGCAGCUCAUCGGGCCCUUCAAACGGUUUAACUGUGUGAUCGGCCCCAAUGGCUCAGGAAAAUCUAAUUUAAUGGAUGCACUGAGUUUUGUAAUGGGAGAGAAGACGGCAAACCUCAGGGUAAAACAUGUACGGGAACUUAUUCAUGGAUCAAAUAUUGGGAAACCAGUGUCUUCUACAGCAAGCGUUCACUUACUUUAUUGUGAGGAGAAUGGAGAGGAAAAAAUGUUUUCACGAAUCAUAGUAGGGAAUUCCUGUGAGUAUCGGUUAAACAACAAGUCAAUAGGUCGUUCAGCAUAUAUUUUGGAACUUGAAAAAAUUGGGAUUAUUGUGAAAGCCAGAAACUGUCUAGUAUUUCAGGGAGAAGUUGAAUCCAUUGCAAUGAAGAAACCCAAAGAGAGAACACACCUUUUUGAGCAAAUAAGCAACUCAUUCGAGUUAGCGCAAGAUUAUGAGAAAAAGAAAAAACUAAUGCUACAAGCCGAAGAAGAUGCUCAGUUUGUCUACAGUAAAAAGAAAAAUGUUGCAGCUGAGAGGAAGCACGCCAAGCUGGAGAAGGAAGAGGCAGAGCGUUACCAAAUGCUGCUUAAGCAGCUAAACGAAAGCAAGGUGAAGCUUCAGCUAUUUCAGCUUUAUCAUAACGAGCACAAAAUUGAAACUUUAGAGAAGCAUUUGGAAGAAAAGUAUAUUGAUACCGGUAGUCAAAAAGAGCAGCUUUCUCUCUCUGAAUUUGCACUAAAAGAGGAAAAAAAGAUUCUUGGCAGACUAAACAGAGAUCUGCAGCAGAUCGAGAAGGAAAUAAAAGCUCAAGAAAUAGCUUUAAACCACUCAAGACCACAGUAUAUUAAAGCAAAAGAAAAUACUUCCCACCAUCUCAAAAAAGUGGAAACAACCAAAAAAUCAUUGAAGAACAAUGAGAAGCACUGCUUGAAACUGGAGCAGGAGAUGAAUGAGCUGGAGGCCGAGGUAGCUGAUGUUCAGAAGGCUUGGAGAGAGUUUGAGAAGAAAGAGGAAGACCGAGCGAAAAUAGAGGGCGAUGUGGAGCUCGUAGAAAGUCAACUUGCCCAGUACAGAUCUCUGAAGGAGGAGGCAAGGAAGAAAAGUGCAGUAUUGGGGCAGCAGCUUGAGAAACUGCAGUGGGAACAUCGAGCAGAUCAAGAGAAGCUGUUGUUUGAUCAGAGGAGACAGAAAGAAUUACAGGCAAACAAAAAACAGAUAGAGGAACAGAUUGAAGAACUCAAAAAACGGAUGGAGAAGUUGGAGGAUUACAUAAGCACGUGCAUUAAAUCUCUGGAAGAACACAGAAACCAGGAGGUGCAACUUGUGAACGAAAUUGAGGCAGGAAAACUCAGAAUGCAGGAGGUUAAUGAUGAACUGAAAGACAUAGUUGGAGAACUGCAGAAUGCACACAUAGAGUUUCAUGAAGGAAGUCGACAAAGGAUGAGAGCAGAGAUUUUAGAGAGCAUGAAAAGAAUGUACCCUGAUUCUGUGUUUGGCAGGUUAUUUGAGCUCUGUCAUCCGAUUCAUAAAAAGUAUCAUUUGGCUGUUACCAAAGUCUUCGGCAGAUACAUGAAUGCCAUUGUUGUGUCUACGGAGAAAGUGGCUAGAGAUUGCAUCAGAUUCCUUAAGGAAGAAAGAGCCGAGCCAGAGACCUUUCUGUCCUUGGAUUACUUGGAUGUAAAACCAAUAAAUGAAAAGCUCAGGGAAAUAAAAGGAGCCAAAAUGAUGAUUGAUGUAAUCCAAACUCCUAGCCCCUCUCUGAAGAAAGUGAUUCAGUUUGUGUGUAGUAAUGGGUUGGUCUGCGAGACAGUAGUGGAAGCCAGACAUGUCGCAUUUGAUGGCCCAGAAAGAAUAAAAACUGUUGCACUGGAUGGAACAUUAUUUUUAAAGUCUGGCGUUAUUUCUGGAGGAUCAAGCGAUUUACGCUUCAAAGCAAAACGCUGGGAUGAAAAAGAGAUACAUGAAUUGAAAGAGAAAAGAGAUACAUUGAUCAAUGAGCUCAGAGAUCUAACAAAAUUAAGGCGCAAGGAAAGUGAUGUAAAGCAAUUGCAAGCCCAGUCCCAAGGAACUCAGACUCGUCUCAAAUAUUCACAGAGUGAACUUGAAGUGAUUAAGAAGAGACAACUUGUCAACUGCUCAAUGGAGAAAUCAAGGUUAGAAAGUGACUUGGCAAACAUUGCUUCUCAGCUUACAAUGCUGAAUGAAGAGAUUGAUGUCCGAACAGGGAAACUAGAAGACCUUCAAGAACAAAUGAACAAGGUGGAGGACAAAGUGUUCAAGGAUUUUUGUGAAGAGAUUGGAGUGUCCAACAUCCGGGAAUAUGAGGAAGAACACAUAAAGCAACAGCAAGAGGCAGAAAAGAAAAGAUCGGAGUUUGAAAAUCAGAAGACUCGUUUAGGAAUUCAGCUGGAAUACAGCCGUGGACAACUUGAAAAGGAAGGAAGGAAGGUGGAAAAGCUAGAAGAGACAUUGCGUGUAGAACAAGAAGAAAUAUCCAAGCUAAAAAAAGAGGAAGCACGUGCUAUGGCUCUGGUGGAUGAAGGUUUACGUCAGCUGCAGGAAUUUAAAAAUACCUUUACCUUCAAAAAAGCGGAAGUUGCAGAUGCCCAGAAAAUGGUCGAUGAGACACGAAAAAAAAUAUUAAGCGUGAACAGGGAUAUUGGAAAGCGACAGAAGGAAUCUAUGGUGAUAGAAAGUUUGCUAGAACAGAAAAGAUUGGAAAGGCAUAAUUUGCUUCUGGAUUGCAAAGUUCAAGAUUUACAAAUAACUAUCGUGACCGGCUCACUGGAUGAUAUUACUGAAAUCGAGCUGGAAUCUGAAAGCACUCAAAGAACUGCAGAUAUUUAUGAAAGAGAAGGGAACAUUGUCUUAGACUAUAGCAAACUUCCCAAUGAGCUAAAGUGUGCUAUGAGUGAUAAGGAGAUUGGUGCUGAACUUACGAAACUGCGUCAGGAAUGUAUAACACAUGAAAAUACAUUACUCAAGACGUCUGCUCCAAACCUAAAAGCAUUAGAAAAGCUACAAAUUGUCAGGAAUAAGUUUCAAGAAACUGCCGAUGCUUUUGAGGCCAGCAGAAUGAGAGCCAGGAUGUGUAGACAUGAAUUUGAGCAGGUGAAACAGAAGAGAUAUGAGCUUUUCAGCAAGUGUUUUGAGCAUGUUUCUAUAGCUAUCGAUCAAAUCUACAAGAAGCUCUGUAGAAAUACCAGCGCUCAGGCCUUUCUUAGCCCUGAAAAUCCAGAAGAACCUUAUCUGGAAGGAAUAGGUUAUAACUGCGUUGCACCUGGAAAGCGCUUUAUGCCCAUGGACAAUUUAUCUGGUGGAGAGAAGUCUGUGGCUGCAUUGGCACUAGUGUUUGCAAUACAUAGUUUUCGUCCAGCCCCCUUCUUCAUUUUGGAUGAGGUUGAUGCUGCUUUGGACAAUACAAAUAUUGGCAAAGUAACAAGUUAUAUCAGAGAGUUGUCACGAGAACAUUGCCAGAUGCUGGUUAUUUCUCUGAAAGAAGAGUUCUAUUCUACAGCUGAUGCAUUAAUUGGAGUCUGUACAGAGCAAGAUGAAGCCAUUUUGAGUCAAGUUCUGACCCUGGACCUUUCCAUGUAUGCGGAAGAUGAGGAAAGUGACCAAAAAAAGUAGAUUGGCAGUCUGAGAGUCCCAGUACUGUUUACGUUUUAAUUGUAUGUUUACAAUCGCUACAUCUUCGAAUGGUUAUGUGGUUUGGGCUCUUUCAACAUGUAUAAAUCUGUUUUUGGUAAUAUUUUGAAUUUCAUUAUCCAAGUAAGU